GUGUCACGUGAUUUGUGUUGUUUUGUAAUCAAUUGAUUGAUUGAACGACACUUUGAUUACAAUAUUGUUUUGUUUAUUAAAAUUUUAUUUCUUAAGAGUUGUCAUCAAUUAAUUGUGUGACCAAAUGGUCGACAAUCUGGAGACGAAAUUACGUGAGUUUCGGUCAAACAAAUUGAAAUCCACUUCAAGACAACAACAAUCAUCACUGAAUGUCUCCAAUAUUUUUCGGUCACUUCGGCGACGAUUCAUAAGUUCAUCGCAAGUCGAGGACUCGUCGGAUAAAAUGUCCGAAAGAGUGGAACUAUUGGCCAACGAGUGGACGACGACCAGUGAUUCAGAAGAGCUGUUAGCAGCUGAUAGUGAUAUUGUUAUCGAUGAUGAAGAAGUUGCCGACGAAGAUAUUGAUUCAAAAAGUCUUUUUGGUUGCAAUAAAUACGAUUGGAUUGUCUUAUCAGUAAAAGUCUUGAUUUAUCUUCUGUUGCAAAUCAUUGCAUUUCUUCUGCAAUUCGGUGCCGUCUUCUUCUCCAUCGCACUGUUGGUCUUCAUCUGUACUAAUCUAAGCAAUAGAUCCAAACAAAAGGGUGAACUCAGUGCUUAUUCGGUGUUUAAUCCCAAUUGUCAGCCAAUUCACGGAACAGUUUCGGCCAAAGAUCUUCAAAAUCAGAUGACUUUGGGUGCAUUGCACUUGUGAUGUAAAUGCGAAAUAUAAAUAAGUUGUGAUG